CUUCGGAGAUUUUCGAGGAAAAUUAGGUAAAGAUUGAUUCUUGGAUUAUAUGGGUAAAGGAGGAGGGUGUAUGCCAAGUAAAAACAGGACACCGUUGGGUACACCUGAUCAUGAUGGACCAGCUCCAGUGAGUGAUAGAUCCAUCUCAAUUGUAGGUGAAAACCCUAGAAUUGAAACAUCAGCCCCAAUUCAGGAUGGAGUGAUUCAGCAGGAAACCACCAAGAAAUUGAGAAUAUUCAUAGUGUUUUAUUCAAUGUAUGGACAUAUAGAGGGCCUGGCCAAGAGGAUGAAGAAAGGGGUUGAUGGGAUUGAAGGUGUUGAAGGGAUUUUGUAUAGGGCUCCAGAGAUUUUGGCACCAGAGGUUUUGGAGCAAAUGAAGGUGCCCUCUAAAGGGGACGAGAUUCCGGUGAUAUCGGUCGACAAGUUGGUCGAAGCCGAUGGUUUUUUAUUCGGGUUUCCCACGAGGUACGGCUCCAUGGCUGCACAAAUGAAGGCAUUUUUCGAUUCCACCGGGAAUUUGUGGAGUGAGCAGAAACUUGCUGGAAUCCCUGCUGGGUUCUUUGUCAGCACCGGAACACAAGGAGGCGGACAAGAAACCACUGCAUGGACAGCAAUAACACAAUUAGCCCAUCAUGGUAUGAUCUAUGUUCCAAUUGGAUACACCUUUGGCGCAGGGAUGUUUAAAAUGGAUUCUAUUAGAGGAGGUUCGCCUUAUGGGGCCGGAGUUUUCUCAGGGGAUGGCACGAGGCCACCAAAUGAAUCCGAACUUGCUCUUGCAGAGCACCAAGGGAAGUACAUGGCCAUGAUCGUCAAGAGAUUUGCUCAUUCGUAAAUUAUUUUUAUUAUUAUUAUUUUUUUUUUUGGGCCAGAGACUGUACUAGUAGUUAACCCUACUGGAAAUCCCCGUCCGAGUGUCGUUUGUUUGUUGUUAGUAAUACCCAUGUUCUGAAUUCUAGUAUUUGUGUGUGAAUAGAAUAUGGAAGGCUGAUCCAUCAUUUCUCAGCUUCUAGUUUGUAAAAAAUCUGUAUGUGAACGGAACUCAUUGGAAUUGAUUGUUUUCUUAUUGUUACA